CACAAACAACCUCAGGCUAGUUCGCUACUACUAUAGUAUUAUAGUAGGGAGUCGAUUAGCCUGGACAGGUAACACAGCUAAAUCGGACUAAUCUGGGCAGGUAAAGCAGCAAAACAUUGUGUCGUGACACUGGUGACUAUCUCUGUGGAUCUGUGAGGAUGGAGGCUGUGAAGCGGUGGAAGGCAGGAUGGGGCUAUCCCACCACUCUGCUGUGCAUCUAUGGGUUCUUCAGUACUGUGAAACCUUUGGAACCUUUCCUCAUACCUUACCUGACAGGUCCAGACAAAAACCUGACAGUGGAACAGGUGACCAAUGAGAUUUUUCCUGUGUGGACAUACUCCUACCUGGCUGUGAUGGUGCCCGUCUUCCUGCUCACCGAUUGGCUGCGCUACAAGCCCGUAGUGGUGUUCCAGUGCAUCAACCUCUUUGUUACGACAGGAAUGCUGCUCUGGCUGCAGGGAGUGGCAGCCAUGCAGGCAAUGCAGUUUGUCUACGCUGUGGUGACAGCCAGCGAGGUGGCCUACUUCUCAUACAUCUACAGCAUAGUGGACCUGAAACACUUCCGCAAAGCUACAUCCUACUGCCGUAGUGUACAGCUGCUAGGCUACACGAUGGGAUCUGUGCUGGGACAGUUGCUGGUCAGUUUUAACCUCAUGUCCUACAACAACAUCCUGGUACUUAACCUGGUGUUGAUCUCCAUCGCCCUGGUGACUUCCCUCUUCCUGCCCAUGCCACAGAGAAGCAUGUUCUUCCAUCGGAGUCAGGAGAGGCAUAAAACUGGAAAUGUAGAAGAAAUGGAUGCCCAAGAACUACCAGAGGCCCUAGGAAGAGGGGACAUGUGUGCAGGUGAUGGGGAAAUGUUCCCUGAGGGGCCAGUGAGAGCUAGGAGCUGCAGCCAGGUUCUUAUCCAACUGUGGAGAGACUUCCUCCAGUGUUACUCUACAAGGGAGCUGCUGUACUGGUCAGUAUGGUGGGCACUGGCCACCUGUGGCUAUAACCAGACAACCAACUAUGUACAGGUGCUGUGGCAGCACGUAGAGCCAUCCCAGAACUUCACAGUCUACAAUGGAGGGGUGGAAGCUGUGUCCAACCUAUUUGCGGCAGCGACGGCCUAUGGUAUUGGUUUCACCGAGGUGGAUUGGGCCCAGUGGGGAGAGUUGGCUCUGGGUUCAUUCUCUGGCCUGGGAGCUGCAGCCCUUUUCACCAUGACUUUCACAGCCAGCAUCUGGGCCUGCUAUGCUGGCUACAUUGUCUUCAAGUGCCUCUACAUGCUGCUUAUCACCAUAGCCAUGUUCCAAAUUGCUACUGACGUCUCAAUGGAGAGAUAUGCACUGAUCUUUGGAGCAAACAAUUUUGGGGCUUUGGUCCUUCAGACUAUCAUCACAUCCGUUGUGGUGGAUGGCAGGGGGCUUGGCUUGGGCAUCAUUCCACAGUUCACCAUUUAUGGAAGCUACUUCUCAGCCAUCGCUGUCAUUUUCUUUCUGAGGGGUGUGUACAUGAUUAUGAGAAUGCGGCAAGGCCACCGAGAGUCCACCACUGCAGAGGAGCAGCCUACAAGUCUGAAAGACAGUGACACUGGCCCUGAACAAAGACUCUGAGCAGAAGAAACUGACCACUGGGCCCUGGGUCGUGUUCGGUAGGCACAUUUUUGUUUUCCGUUGCACAAUUUUUGGGUACAUUGUGCCCUACUGAAUUAAAGACACCGAUGACAUUCAGGUCUGUUUGAUAUUUUUUACAGUCUAUACUCCUGAGCAAGAGUAACAGCUCCACAUUAUUCAGACUGCAACAUCUUCAUAGUGAUAGAAAUAUUUUUAUAUAUAUAAAAAAAUAUUUAAAUAUAUGAAAAUGGAGAUGUACAGUGCAGCAAUACAAAGAGAUGGUUUGGUAAUUAUUUUUAGUUAAAAUUCAUUUUAAUAUAUAUAUACACACACAUUAACUUAAAUCUCUUUAACACCCAACAUCAGUGGUCUUCAGUCUAUAUUGUUGUAAACCGCCUGGACAGCAGGACAGGUGUGAGCCCAUCCCCUUCCAGGUGGAGCCUCUGCCCUCGAGGCCAAUCACCGAAGAGGAGAGAGACUCCUCCCCCUCUUCUGUAACAAAUUAUGAAACGCAUGUUCUCCUCUUCUUCUCUGUAAAAAUAGUCCUACCGAUACCACGCUGUACAAACCACUUUUGGUUCUUCUUUACAAAUACAGUAACUCACAGUAGUCCUCUCAGCUUUUCCAAGUAACAGUUCUGCCUUAAACUUGUGUUAAAGGUACAAAUACUGAUAUGCACAGAGCUAAUUUCCGCUAAGAAAAAAUAUUUACAGAAUUGCAGCGUAAUGAUUUGGAAUAUUUUGCAAUAACUUAGUGUCAGCCAGUUUGAAUAUACAUUGGGCUCAGCUGAGGAUGGGCCAGUUCACAGGUUAGAUGGAAGAUGAGAGGAGACCCUGCCCCUUUAACACAUUUACAUUUUAAUCAUUUAGCAAACCCUCUUAUCCAGAGUAACUUACAGGAGGAGCAAUUAGGGUUAAG